CUCUCCCUCUCUCCCUCUCUCCCUCUCUCCCUCUCUCAUCCCCUUUCUACUUCAUUGAUCUUUCGUCUCGGGAAGUAGUUUCUCCUAAAAUCGAUCGGAUUAGUUUGGACAAUUAGAUCCGCAUCACAUUUAAAAUGAGUCGAACUCAUGAUGGGCAUCAUGCUUCUUCUCCUUUUGGAAAUCCAUUCAAGCUGGUCUUUUCUAAGGGACCAAAUCGUUCUUCAAAGCUACUGACUUUACUGAACUCUUUUGAGCAAAGUUUGGCAGAAGACAUUAGAAAGCUCAAACCCAAUGAUACCUCAAAAUUUCAUAGCUUUAUAUGGUUGAGACAAGCCGUUGAUGCACUAGUUGAGAGCCACAAUAAAUUUAAGUCGCUGAUAAUUGAUCUGGAGUUCCCUGCUUCAGUCUGGGAUGAGAAGUGGAUUGAGUUAUAUUUGAAUGAUAGUUUGAAUUUACUUGAUGUUUGUAUUGCAUUGAUUUCUGAGGUUUCCAGAUUAGAGCAACAUCAGGUCCUUCUUCGAUAUGCUUUACAGAUUCUUAACUCCUGCAGUUCUCAUCCUUCACCAGAGCAGCUACAACGAGCUGGUGAAGCUCUUCAUGAUUGGAUACAGAAGCUUGAUUCAAGGAGUUCAAAACUUGAAAAUGCUCCAUCCAUCUUACAGGGAAUGCUGGGAACACUUUCUUUGCCAAAGGUUAAAAAUUCACCGAAGGGGAGGGUCUUGAUGAGAGCAUUGUAUGCAGUGAAAAUUGUGAUGAUGUUCAUCGCCAGUGUUCUCUUAGCACUAUUUUCAGGCUCCUCAAAGCCAUUAAUGGACAUGCAAGUUCCAAAUGAUUUCUCAUGGGCCAUGGCUUUCAAUGAUCUGCAACUCGUUGUUAACAAGGAGCUGAAGGGUCGACUGUUGUUGGAUAAGCCAGUAAUAUUAAAUGAGCUGGGUGAAGUUCAUGGAUUUGCCAGGAGCCUAAAUGCUGUGAUGGUCACCAUUACUCAAAAGAAAGAUGAAAAGGAAAUAGCCAGAAAUAAUGACGUUGAGGAAGUGAAAAGAAGAUGCGAGGAACUAAUUUUGGAGCUGAGUAAAAGUUCAGCACGUCUUUCCCAUGAGUUAGAGCUUCUUGGAAAGAAGUUGAAUGACUUCUUCGAGCUUAUCAUGUCAGGGCGUGAUGGUCUUCUUGGUAGUUUAAGAACCUCAGAGGAAGGUAGAAAGCUGAAGUAUUAGGAGGUUGAUUUUGGUCCUUGCAUGCUACUGGUGAUAUACACCUGGUAGCACUGAUUUGUAGCCUGUUCAAUGUUAAGGCCGGGGAAAGUUUGUUCCUUUAGAAGGAACAAACUUGAAUUUAGGCCGUGGAAAGCCUGUUCAAUUAUAGGCCGGGGAAAGCUUGUUCCUUUAAAAGGAACAAACUUGAAUUUAGAUACAAAUCGUAAUGCAGCUGAUCAUAUUGCUUAUUUUGUAUGGUCUGUAAGUUGGGUUCUCAAGCAAAAACUCUUAUCGGGAAAUCAUUCUGUAUGGUCUUUGUUUGUGUAUAUCUAUUAAUAAGAGUAGUGGUGAUUAAGUGUCUGUAUUAUUGAUAAUUUUCUUUUCGCUAGGUUCUAUGUUGCAGGCUUAUCAGCUGGUUGAUGCAAAGCUGGAGAUUGCUUUGGGUUUUCA